ACGACAAGCAAAGAGAGGAGUGAACAAGGAGAGCGAGAUAGAUUGGUGGGUUUUCAAAAAGAGUGCUUAAAUUUGUUAAUCUCAGGCUUCCUCUUUGUUUUGCUUCAAUCGUUAAGGCACGUUACAGGCCACGUAGUAGAAAACAAACUCAUAAAUAUAGGGCAGAUGCGUCUGGUGUAGCGUGGGGCUGAAACGCCCAAAUAUAGAGGCAGCAAACGAUUGGAAUUACAAUCACUUCCUACCGCUUGGAAAAUCUGAAACUGGCCAUAGAGAAGCCCGUUUCGAUAGGCCACGACCUCACAUCGGGACUUUAACGAAACCAAAAACAAAGUGUGUAUGGAGCAGUGUGAGAAUGCCGCAUCUCUCCUGGCCUCCGUGCGAGAGCAGGAGAUGCAGUUUGAGCGUCUGACUCGAGCUCUGGAGGAGGAGAGGAGGAGCGUGGGGCCCUCCGGCACCCUACCCCGCCCCUUCCCCACCCUGCAGAACGGGCGUGUCACUGGUGAUGCAGAGUUGGAACGCCUCAAAUUAAGUGAGGGCUAUAUUAACGGGACACAGUACAGGAUGUUGGACCCUGGUCAUCUUGUUGAGUCGGUCAUGGUAGAGGAAGACCCUCACGAUGGACUGCCAGUUAUUUCAGUCGAAACCAGUGAUGAUGGCACAACACGCCGCACCGAGACUACAGUCAAGAAGGUCACAAAGACCACCACUACACGAACAGUCAUUCCCUCAGUCUCUGACACACUCUCUCUGGAUGGCACUGGUUCAGUCACCGGCAUGAAUUAUAACACCCCGAUAGACCGCCUGUACAGGCCACCAGGUGGUCCCAUGGACUACCCUACUGCUACUGUCCCCCGUAACUACCACUAUGGACCUCCAGGCGGCUAUGACGACUACCGCAGCGGACCUCCUUCUGAAGCCUACGCCAGUCUCAGCCGAGGGACUCGUAUGGAUGAACGCUACAGGCCUGUUGAUGGCUACCGCACGCUGGACUCUGCUUACCGCAACCACAGCCGGCCACAACUGGACCCGUAUGUGGCUCAGCCACAGGUGGGACGUAUGGGCAGUGCUCUGGAGAUCACUGGAGCCCUGCAGCGCUUCGUCCCAGACCCCUACGGCCUAGAGGAUGAUCAGAGGAGCCUGGGAUACGACGAGCCUGAUUACGGCAUGGGGCCAGCAAUGCACUACAGCACGAUGCCCCGGCUAGCACAUGCACACCAUGCCCCACCCCCACGCAGGACAGGGUCAUAUGAGGGCACACUAGAUGGUGAUAUGAGUGGAGCUGGUGAUAUGUAUUAUUGGGGAGGUGGAGCCCCAUUGGCUCAGGGAGAGAGAGGCAGCAUGGCAUCAUUGGACAGCACUCUGCGCAAAGGCCCCGCCCCCACCACAUGGAGGCAGCCAGAACUUCCUGAAGUAAUCGCAAUGCUCAACUAUCGCCUGGACCCUGUCAGAAGCAAUGCUGCAGCCUACUUGCAGCAUCUUACCUUUAAGAAUGAUAAGGUGAAGUCGGAAGUAAGGCGAAUGAAGGGGAUCCCUGCCCUGGUCUCCAUGCUUGAUAACCCAAAGAAGGAGGUGCAUUACGCAGCAUGCGGAGCUCUCAAGAACAUCUCAUACGGACGAGAUCCAGAUAACAAGAUAGCCAUCAAGAACUGUGACGGAAUUCCCGCACUGGUGCGGCUACUGAGGAAGACGAGAGAUCAGGACCUCACAGACACUAUAACCGGCACACUGUGGAACCUGUCGUCUCAUGACUCCGUUAAGAUGGAGAUAGUGGACCAUGCACUGCAUGCUUUGUCCGAUGAGGUGAUGGUUCCACACUCUGGCUGGGAGAGGGGGAACAAAGGGGGAGAGGAGAGCUGCAAACCUAGACACUUGGAGUGGGAGACGGCACUCACCAACACUACCGGGUGCUUAAGGAAUGUAAGUUCAGAACGAAGUGAGGCCAGGAGGAAGCUGAGGGAAUGCUCUGGACUGGUCGACUCUCUUAUGUACAUUGUCCAGUCACAGAUCAACUGUAAAGAUGUGGACAACAAGUUGAUAGAGAACAGCGUGUGUCUGCUGAGGAAUCUGUCUUAUCAAGUGCAUCGGGAGAUACCAGGUUGCGAGCGCUACCAGGAGACAAUGCCAAUCAACCAAGGCCCCACCCCUUCUUCCCAAAAGGGUGGUCGCUUUAGCUCCCGAAAGGGCAAAGACGAGUGGUUUUCUAAAGGGAAGAAAGAUGAUGAUGGGACUUCAGAUACGGUUGACAUUCCAAAGAGAAGCACACCAGCCAAAGGUUAUGAAUUGCUGUUCCAGCCAGAGGUAGUGCGUUUGUACACUUCCCUCCUGAAAGAGAGCAAGAACCCAUCGGUUCUAGAAGCUGCUGCAGGAGCUGUGCAGAAUCUGUGUGCAGGCCGCUGGACCUAUGGGCGGUACAUUAGAGGAAUUGUGCGACAGGAGCAUGGUCUGCCAAUGAUGACAGAGCUGUUAUCUCAUGGGAAUGACCGUGUGGUCAGAGCCAUGUCUGGAGCACUGAGAAACCUGGCCAUUGACGCUCGCAACCGUGACCUGCUAGGAAAACAUGCAGUGCCUAACCUGGUGGCUAACCUGCCGGGCGGUGGUCAGAGUCAGCCUGCGCGUGCACUUUCAGAGGAGACUGUGGUGUCUGUUCUCAGCACCAUGGCAGAGGUGAUCGGGUCCAGUGUGGAGGCGGCCAAAACCCUGCGCAGCUCCCAGGGCAUCGAGAGAUUGGUGCUCAUCAACAAAGACAGCAACCGUUCAGAUCGAGAGGUCCGUGGCGCUGGGCUGGUCCUGCAGAUCGUGUGGGGCUUCAAAGAGCUCCGCCGCACACUGGAGAAAGAUGGCUGGAAGAAAACUGAUUUCAUGGUCAACCUCACCCCACCUAACAACACCCGCACCAACGGAGGAUACGAGGACAGCACCUUGCCGCUAAUAGACAGAGGUGGCAAACAGGACAGGGACCGAGAUAUGAUUCCUCUUAAUGACAUUGGACCAGAUGCUUACUCUACGAUAGACCAGAGAGGACGGAGAAACACUUUAGACGACACUCUGGAUCGCUCUGACAGAGAUGCACCUCAGGGAGGAAUGUAUGGGGAGAGGCGGGGCUCUCUGCCUCUUUUGGACUCUUAUGAUGAAAAACUGAUUGUGUACAUCACCCGCCGUGAGUUUCCUCCUCCUGCCUACUGUCCCUGCUGAGCCUGUGAUCUCAUCACUUAUGGGACCAUAGCCACUAAUUGCAGCGACCCCUUUCAUAGUUUUCAGCAGUCUCUUGUUGUCACACUCUCUAACUCGCACUGAAAUCAAUGUGAUUUAGACCACUCACUACUUACAAUGGACACUACAGAAUGAAUCUAUUCCUUUUUGAUUUUGGUCCAUACCACUUUCUUUUUUUGUGAAAAUAAUGGACUAUGGUAAACACUAGGGACUUAAAGAUCUAUUGGGUCAGCCACAUGCCAAGCUUAUCAAGCUUUAUAAUCCAUUUUUGUUUUCGGUAUUGCUUAUGCAUCUAUUAGAACACUAGUAUAGACUGCCGUUGGUAUUUUUAUUGUUUUGCUACUUUUUGCUUUGGCUCACAGUGAUAAAAGUAAUGCCAAAUUGCAUCACUGUCACGUGUGACCUUCGGAAAAUAAUGUAUAUAGAAUAUCUCAGUUUUAUGUCUUGAUGCAUUGAGGCCUAUUUUUUGUCUUUGUUUUCUGAAAGCACUAGAUGAACAAUUAGCCCAACACUACUCCCCCUAGGUUUUUCAUCUGUGGUUUUUGUGAAUGAUUUUACCUUGAUUAAGCAUUACAAUAGAAGCAUUGGGAUAUUUUUUAAGCUAGUAGCAUUCAAUAAGUAUCUCUAGUGGUAGCUGAGGACAGUUGGGUUCCUGAAUACUCAAAACUCCAAAAUGUACGGGUUCUUUAGUAGACCUGGUGGCAAAUUUGCAAAGCAUUCCAGAGUGAGAGAGUUGUUUUUGGAUAUUUCCCACUGUUGUUUUGGUCUUUGGUGCAUACAGAGUGGAAAACCCCCCACUUUAUAUAUAAACUUGAUAAAAUGGCCACAGCAGAGCUGAUUUAAGAAGAGCCUUAAAAUCAGAGACAAAUUUUAGCACAGAUCUUUGACCAGUGCUCCCAUUUCUUAAUACUUUGUGGGCUGAGGACAUACUGGUGGACCCAGUUUGUGCUAUUUUGUUUUUGUCUUAAUAUAAAUGAAUGUGUAAAUAUGACCGCAUCUCACAAAUCCACUCCGCAUACUUGGAGUGCCUCACUUGCUGAAUGGUUAAAUGUGUUGUGGGUGAGUGAGAGUUUGUUUGUUUGUGAUGAGCGGCAUCCAGGAGAGUGCACAGGGAUGUUCGGCCACCCUUCUGCCUCUUUGUUCCAGUGCCUAUGUGUUUAGAGAGUGAACAAGUGUACAUUUGAGGAGAUGUAUAUGCAUUGGGGUUUCCUGAGAUCCAGAAGUACAGUGCUUGUUCUGUAGACUGCAUAUUUCAAAUGCACAGUAAGUCUGGUGUAGAUAUUUACUGAAUGGAAACUCUAGUCGAUGGAUUUCCUUUUUUAAGAACUUAUUUUUUUCCCCCCAGUGCAUUUUUAAUCCCGCCUUCUGCGUUGUCCGAUGCUUGGAGACACUACAGACAAUAAAUGGAAGAUUGGCUGUUGACUAAAUACAUAUGAGCCACAAGUCCUGUUUGCCCUUAAGUUUUAAGGAAUCAAUCAAUCUUACAGUGUUGAGGAAGGCAGAUGACAGUCUUUUAAUUAUAAAAAAUAGCAUCUCUUUCAGGCAGGAUUUAGCCAGAGCUCAGACUUUGAUUAUAGCUUGAUGAGAAAAUAAGAUAAAGUAAAAGCACAUUGAACUAUAUAUACCAGAGAAUAUUUGUUAAUUUUAAUUAUUAUUUUUCUUCUUGGUUUUGUCCUUUUGCUCUUCCUUUUCUAUAUUUUAUGAUUGGGACUGAUUUCUUUUUUUUUUUUUUCUGGGGUUGUUGAAUGCAUAUGCAAUCAGUUAUGUUUUUCAAAUAAAUGCAUUUACGGUUUAUAUCUUUUAAUUAAAGACUAAAAGGAAAAAAAAAAUCUUUGUGUCGUGCUGUCAGUUGACAUGAUGUUUCUCUGCAACACUAACAAAUGAAUCUUGAUUUAUAAUUCCUAUAUUUCAACACAUUACCUUUGGUCUUAAACAUUGCACCUUUCUCUCAUGGAUUGAACAUGUAACUUAGCAAUACUGUUUUUUUAAAUAA